UGACAAACCGAGUGAUGCGGGAAACGCACGGAGAUGAGAAAGUUAAAACUGCAAAAAACUGCAAACUCCGCGGCUUCGCGUAUAUUUUCCGAACGAAAUACUCGCAAUACACGAUAAUUACGCUUCCCGAAAUAUCAAAAUUAGCCGCCGGAAGUGUUAGCAAAAACUCCGGUGAUUUUGUUUACGGUAUUUAGUACGUUCCGGAGGAAUUAUUAGGAAGAAAUUCACAUGCCACAGGGCAUCAAUUGAUUACAAACCAUCAGAGACUACGACUGAGAUUUGUCCUUGGGCCAGAACUUUGGAAAAGAGUGUGCAAUCGAAGGAUAUUUGAAGUGUAUUCCUGCGUGGAAAUCUAUAUCGUACAGAAUAACUACCUCCGAUGGUAGCGAUGCUAUGCUAAUUUUCAUUCUCAUCGGAACAGUUCAGAUUUUUCGCGUUUUCAAAAGAAUCGGACACCAGCUCCGCACACUACUGCUUGCGAUGGACAAGAUGGGGAAGACUACUUCGAACGGGAGCAUUGAUGGAUCAACAAAAAUUGUGUUUAACAAAGAUGAGAAGCAAAAUUGUGUUGAGAUUUCUGGAAAGAAUGUAACCGUGGUCGGUGGCGCUGGUAAGCACGACCAUGGGAGUUCGAAGAUCAAAUUAAAGAAUAUAGUGGACUACAAAUGGGAACUGAAAAAUUAUCCGGGUCAUUUGAUUGCGUGUCAUAGAGGAGGAAAGCUCAUUGCAUACGCAAUAACAGUAAAUCAUCGCGCCACCCCGGAAGGAAUGGUCCGUAUUGUGGACCUUUCGCUCGGACAACGCGCACUCAUAAAGAAUAUGUCAGACGAGGUACUCGAUUUGCAGUUUGCACAUAUCUCGUCCAAGAUUAUACUGGCCGUAAUCGAACAAGCUGUGCUUCGCGUGUUCACGGUUGAGAUUAUCAAUGAGAAAAUCAUAUGCACAGUGUUGAUUAUGAUUAGCGAUCCGAUCGAUAAUCACAUUCCAAUAUGCGAUAAAAUCUCCUGGUGUCCAUAUCUGCAAGACAACGGUUAUGAAGAUGAGUAUGCGAGCCAACUGUUGGUGUGGACACGCGGCGAUGUCUUCCAAUGUUACAGUAUUAGUGCCGUUGUUCAACGUUACAACUGUUGGUUGAUCGAUGCGAAAGAUAUUUCCGAGGGUGGAUUCAAAGUCAAUCUGCCGAACAUCACCGGAGCGGUAUUCUCAGCCGAUGGAACAACACUGGCCGUCAGCUGUGACGAAGGAGUUAUCCGGUUCUAUCAGAUUUAUCAGCAUACCAAUGACAACAACUUGCGCUGUUUACAUCAAUGGAAACCCCAUGGGGGAAAGACAAUCAGCAAUUUCUUCUUCCUGGAUAACUAUACCGAGCAAGGAGCAGAUCAAGUUUUAUGGAAACAUGCGAUAACUUGUUCGGACAACAACACGGAAAUCAAGUUAUGGUCCUGCGAGACCUGGGAAUGCACACAAACAAUCAAUUUUGUUCCGUCGAUCGAUCAACCGUUGAAUUUCAAGGCCGAAAUCGACCGAACUUCGUCGUUCCUUGUCCUCUCGGACAUAACCACUCGCGAGAUGUACGUGCUUCAAAUUCGCAAAGAAGUGGUUCGCUCCGACAACCGAACCGACGGCGGCUCCGUUAGCAAUGGGAAUUCGGAGGCAAACUUCGACAGUUCCAAGGAGAACGAAAACAAGCCAAACGAUCAAGAUAUCACAACCUCAACAACCCUCAGCUCGACCGGCACAGGAGUUCCGUUGACGCGGGCGUUCAUUUCCUCGAUCGCAGAAUUCCCCCUUUCGUCGCCGAUUCUCAGCUUCGGUAUUCUGGAUGUGGCCGUUCGGAUGUAUAAAACAAGCGAUGCUUACCUAAUCGAAGAGUUGGAUGAUUACGACGACGAGAACAGUGCUCUCUACUGUGUGGUAAUCCACAUGUUUCUCGUUCAACCGAAAAGCGUGCAGGAAUGCUAUGUGCUCUACCAACCGAGUGUGACCUAUUUGACUGAUGUCCUCAGCACCAUAACGAGCAUGAGCAGCGAGUAUCGUAACAUGUCCCAGUCAUCGAUCGGCGGUUCGACAGGUAAAGAUGAACGGAUGAACAAUACACCUUCCGUGGUGGAUGGCGUUGUUCGCAACGCAGGAAGCCGUCUGUCGACACGAACGGGUUCGGAAAAGUCGAUAAACGUUUCGGACAAUAAUGAUUCAAAUGCAAAGGAAGUGGAAGACUUGAAAAAGAUGGUAUCACCUAAUGUAUCUGCUGUGAACAGUGGUGCUGCUGUUGGAUUACCAUCGGUUGUUCUGACGGUUGGGGGAGGAAGAAUCAGUGUCAAUAAUUUGGCAAAUACUGGUGUGGGUUCCACCAGCGCUCAGCCAAAGCAACCGAUCAAUUUGAUGACGCCGGACUCGUUCAAUUCAACCAGCGUGGAAAAAUCUGAUAAUCACAAAAAUGAUGAAACGGUAAACCCGGAUGUGCUGAAUACGCUCUUCAUGUUGGCCAAUGUGACCAAACAGCAGCAACUUAAAAACAGCGAAGCGUCGCCCAACGACAACCUGACAGAGAAACCAUCACCACUGAGUGUACUUAACAUGGUGAAUAGUGCAGUACUCGAGGAACAGGAGAAGGCCAAAGUUCGGAGAUCCGACGAAUUACGACAGAAAGCAUUGUCAGCAACACCACCCGUACCACCAAUGCCCUCGGCUGAAAUGCUCGCUAGCGGUGGGUCCAGCCCUAGCCGGGAGAUCCAAGAAAUCCUGUCCCUGAAGGAUAAUGACUGCUACGACUCGGAUAACAUUUUAAUGGACAAAAUAUUCGGUAUCGGUGAGGACGAGCUGAAUGAUCUGGAGAAUGAAAUUAUUGACGACGAGGAAGAGGACAAUGGUUACAACUUCAAGAACAUCGAUGAUGACGACGAUGAGGAUGAAAUUCACCAGCGCAGAGAGCAACCGAAGUCACUUUCUCAAACUGCACCGAAGACAUCGGAGGCGAAACCAAACAACCAUGAUCAGUCGCACGGUUACGUGAAAUCGGAAGGGACUCACGAGAAGCUAAGCAAAUCCGAGCAGAACAAAAAAAUAGACUGGCCAAAAGUUCCGACGGGACCACAUCCAACGCAAAACAGCUUCAUAUCUCCUACUCAACACCCACCGCCCCAAGCUCCGAUGAUCGUAACGGUGCCAAACGAUUCCAAACAUCUUGAUGAUAUCAGCCAAAAACUGGAUCGAAUGAUGGAUGUGGUACAGAUGCAAUCUCGUCAAAUAUCAGAACUGAGAACUCAAAUACACGAUAUGAACACUUCUCGCUCGGAGGACAUACAACGCUAUCAGUCCCGAAUCGACCAGCUAGAGGCCAGCAUUCCAAAAAUAACCUCCGAAGUAUAUAGCAAAAUUAAUACCCAUCAAAUAUACAAGCUCGAGGCAGCUAUUCACGUUCAGAACAGAACGUUUAAGGAUGAACUGAUCGAAAAAAUUCGAGUAUUUUUGUCCAAUCAACUUGUGCAAAAACUGGCGCCCAUGGUUAUCAGCGAAGUGCAGCGGGUCUGUGUGCCGUUGAUCGGAAGUAAGGUCGAUCAUAUCACAAUGCUCUUCAAGAAGGAAGUUGUGACAACCAUGCAGGCCCAUGACGCCGCCUUCCGACAUAGCAUCGAUAAAAUGAGCCGUAGUCAGGUAUUCAUCGAUGCCCUGACAUUGUCCGUACACAGUGGGGUGCAGAAAGGGCUGGAAAUGUUGUUUAACGAAUCUCUGCGAAAUGUGAUUCUUCCGAGCUACGAGCGAUCCACAGUGGAGCUGUUCCAACAGCUCAACGCCACCUUCUCCGCCGGAACGAAAGAAUAUUUACAAAAAUUGGACCAAUAUGUGGCCCAGCAGAAACAAACAACGGAUAAAUCGGAAGAAAUUAUCGAACUGGUGAAAAAAGUACCGGAUCAUGUCAACGCAAGCACCCAGCACCAAUAUAAAGCUGACACGACUGGCCUUCGGGAAGAAAUCAACCGAGACUUCAAGCUGCUGCAAUCGAACCUGCUCAAAAUCAUCCGGGAAAACAUUCGCCACGAGAUCGAGAAGGGCCUCGAAGCGCAGGCGUCUUCACUCGAAGAUUCCGUACUGUCAGCGGUGCGGUCCCAAGCCCAAACACCUGCUCCCACCAAUGUGGACAUUCAGGAGCAAAUCAAACAAUUGCUUGCUCUCGGACAGAUAAACAGUGCCUUUCACAAAGCACUGCUAUCCAACGAUCUUAGUUUGGUGGAGUUCACCCUGGAGAAGGCCGACUACAAGCAAGUGUUUAAUCCCUGCCCCCUUGAACAGACAGUUCUGCUCUCGCUUAUUCAGCAAAUUUCCGCCGACAUGUCCAACCAUAAUGAUCUGAAGCACAGGUAUCUCUCCGAUUCGAUAGUCAAUCUCAACUUUCUGGAUCCGGUCACGAAAGAGCAUUCAGCUAGAGUGAUGCGUGAGCUAACCCAGAAUUGUCAAAACUAUCUGAGCGCAAAUCCCUCAUCUCAACUAACAACUAGCAUCAAAAUGCUUAUGAUCGCCAUCAAGGGUUUGGAGUACAAGCAAUUCUGAUAUGUGUGGAAAUAGUUCACAGGCGAUGAAAAAAUUCCACACUCAUUUGUUUAGAUUUUCAGGUUUUUAUGUUAUUCGGAGAAAAGUUAAAAAUUCGGUAUUUUAUUAGAGAACAUUCCAUUCUGAAGUUCUCGAAAAGCGGUAUCAAAAAAUGUUUAUUUUUCUCAGAGGUAUUUUGGGAAAGUUUCGAUUUGUUUGUACUGUUUCCAUUUUUACGCUCGGUAAUACAAGCCUUCAAUUUUAAUUAUUGAUGAUGCAUUGGGUUUUAUAACAAAAACUAGAAAUAUUUGAAUGGUGCGUAAAUGCAGCGAGAGACUGGACAGCAACAUAUGUAAAAUCACCGAAUCAAACAUCAUUAUUCAUUCAGAAGAUAUAUGUCAUAAGAAUUAUAAAAUUA